UCUUAUCCGAAUCCUAUACAGGCCGGUAGUAAUAAGACAAUCCCGCCCGCUCGGCCACGCUGAUGCAUCUAUAAAAGGCCGACUAGGUUCCCUCGCCUCCAAAGAUCAAAAGAGAGGAAAGAAAAGAAGAUUGAAGCCUAAUGGGUUCGAAUCAUAACGGGGUUCCACCACCGGAGGGCUACGCGGCAAGCGGCAAGAUUAUGCUCAUCGCCAUCGUCGCGCUCUUAACCACCACCCUCCUCAUCUUCUUCCUCCACCUCUACCUCCGGUGGCGGGUCCUCCGCCGCUUCGCCUCCGCCCGCCGCCGCAUCCGCCGCCGCCUUGUCUUCGCCGGCGAGACCCACGGCGCCCUGCGCCCCGCCGAUCGCGGGUUGGCUCCUGACAUCCUCGAGUCCCUUCCCGUCCUCGUCUUCUCCGCCGCUGGAGGCGAAGGAGAUGGGGAGGAGGUGGUGGAGUGCGCGGUGUGCCUGAACGAGUUCGUGGAGGGGGAGAAGCUGCGCUCCCUCCCGCUGUGCGGUCACCGAUUUCAUAUCGAGUGCAUUGACAUGUGGUUCCACUCCCACUUCACCUGCCCCCUCUGCCGGGCCGCCGUGAAGGCGGCGUCGCCGCCUGUCAAUACCAUCGUCUCGGUGCGAGUACUGGCAUCGAAUCCUCCGGAGGCGGCGGCGGAGGAACGGGCUCGUUCGUCCUCCGGUCUGUGCUCCAGGUGCCGAGCGGAGGGGAUCGGGUCUUCGUCGGCUACUUUGGGGUGUCCGGAGCUGAGGAUCGAGGCACCGGCGAGGUGGGGCGAGGGGUUCGGGGGACCUGAGGAAGAGCUAGGUUUAGGAUUAGGGUUGGGAACGCCGGGGGUGCAGAGGAUGAAGUCGCCAGGUAGCCGCAUGCAGCUGCUUACGAGGCUUCUAAGCAGGGAUAAGAGGCUCUAUUGCGGCGGAAAUUCGGAGGCAGAACCGGAUCUGGAGAGGGGGGAAGGGGCGGAGCGGUCUCCACCUCCUCCUCCGCCGCCGCCGCCGCCGCUUCCACCAACGGCGGCGGCACUUUAGUAUGAUAAGUGGUUGGAGACGUCGCGGAAUCGUAGCCGUUGGCGGUGCACGCGUGGCGGCUCGGGGAUGAUAUCGAGACGUCAAGAUUCUUUUUAUUAGCUGCCUUUAUGGACUUUUCCUUCAGAAACGAGCGGUUAGCUCGAGAAGGGUGGAGGGAGAGGGUCUGGAAAUGAUUUGUAAAGUUUUGAGAGGCUUUUUGUUUUAGUUUUCUUCUUCUUUUUUUUGUAAUUAUGAUAACGUUAGUGGUAGUUCUUUAUAGCAGCAAAUGUUUAUUCUCGCCAGUUAUUUUCGAUUUUCCAAUUGCUUUAUGACGCGCCAGAAAUCUUAUUAUUUAAGACAUUAUUAUUUUGAACUAAUAUAGUGAUUUGAAUAAUAAAAAAAAAGCGAUGAAUAUAUAUGCAAUGGCUUCAAGUAAUGACUUUUAAAAUGGGACAAAAAUAGGACUAUGACCAUUAUCCAAAUCCGGAUAAUAUAAAUUAUGUCAUAUAGGUGUUUUGAGAUACUCAUUUAAUAUCAUUAACUAUUAAUUUGAAGGCCCCGUUUGGAUAAGUUACAUGCCAGAAAUCUUGCAGGCCAAACAACACGGUGUUUUUUUGGAAUGAUUCCAAAACGGGUAAAUGAUUAUUUUAUAUUCGCACAGUGUUGCAUGAAUCUCAAAAUGACGUGUUUUGCCUGAAAACAGCCGAAUUUCAAGCUUCUGUCAUGCAAUGUACCUAAACCACACCCUAUAAUGUAAACCAUGGAUUAGAGCCGACAUUACUGAUAACACCUGUAAUUUGUAGGUUGGGCCCGUUUUGAAUUAUAUGAAUGCUUGAAUUUGGGAUUCCCCCAACCUCUUUUCUUCUCCUUGCUCAAAGAACAACUUAAAAAAAUGACGCGGCCUAACUCAAAUGCUGUAAAGAUUAUGGUUUGAGUGGAGACA